AUGGGUCGCAAGAAGAUUCAGAUAAAACCUAUUAAAGACGAGAGAAAUCGUCAAGUGACUUUUUUGAAACGCAAAUAUGGGCUUAUGAAGAAAGCUUACGAACUCAGUGUAUUAUGCGAUUGCGAAAUCGCAUUAAUUAUUUUUAAUUCAAAUAAUAAGCUUGUUCAAUAUGCGAGCACGGAUAUUGACAAAAUCUUAUUGAAAUACACUGAGUAUAGUGAACCCCAUGAAAGUAAAGGUAACCAUGAUUUUGCUAAUGCUACUGAUGAUGAUGAUGAUAACCCUCCACCAGGGUUUGAUACCACUAGUGAUCAUAAGCGAUAUGGUGUGCCAUCCCCACAACAGGUGUAUUCCUCAACACAAGUACCAGGACAGCCCGGUCCUUAUUCCAUUAAUAAUUAUCCUAUGUAUGCACCAUCUCAACAUCAGCAAUUUAUGGUUCAACAGACCCAACAAUUUUAUCCACAGGUUACUCAAGCAAUGCAUCAGUCUAUGACACCUAUGCCUUUACCAAUUACGAAUGUAUCUAUGCAGGUGCCAGCUUCUAUUGCUCCCAAUGUACCUGUUGAUGUACCUACAACCAUUUCAUCUCCUCAGUUAUCAAGCUCUAAUACACAGAGCUUAUCUAUGUCUCAAACUUCACAAAUUGAAACGCCUAUCAAUGGUGAUAUCAUGUCACCUUCACUCAUAUCAUCCUCUCCGAAGAAGCCUAAACUCCGUGUUCAAAUUCCGGAGGCAAAGGAAAAACAAUCAGCCCCUAACGCAGUACAACAAUCGCAGACGAUUAAAACGGAUCCAUCGCCAGAACAGGAAACCCUUUCCGACUCGCAACAAGCAACGGUAUCACAACCGCUUCAGUCGUCACGCCCUACUCCAGCUACCACCGAUGCAGGACCAACAUCGGCUUUGCCUUCUCAAUUUGCACAGAAUUUACCAUCACCCUCCACUUUCUUUUCAGAAUUUUAUAAAACAGCUGAAUUACCUAGUCCUCUCACAUUUGGCAAUACACCCACUAGUGCUAAUCCUGGAGCUUUUCCUUGGCCAGCUCCUC